CAAUCAAGCAAAGCAAAGCAAAGCAUAGCAGCAGGUUAGCGGAGACAGACUUGAAUCAAAGGCUCACGAGCAGACAACGAGCAAUGGCACAGCAGGCAGCGAAGGCGCCGGAGCUGCAGGACCCGGAGAUCCCGACACAGCAGGUGAAGAAGGCGCCGGAGCUGCAGGACCCGGAGAUCAGGGCAGAGCUGGACCGCCGCGCCCGCGAGGACGGCGAGACCGUCAUCAAGAGCGGCGCCGGCGGCAAGACCCUUGAGGCGCAGGAGCGCCUGGCGGAAGGGCGCAAGAAGGGCGGGCUGAGCCGUGCGACUGGCUCCGGCAACGAGCGCGCUGAGGGUGAGGGCGGGGUGGUGAUCGAGCCGGACGAGAAGAAGCUCGAGCAGGUCAAGAAGGAUCUCGGACGCGAAUGAGAUAGAUAGACGAUGCAUGUAUGGCCUGACCGGCCAAGUCCCCAAGUUGUUCUACUCUCUGUAUAUAUCGUACGUGUGUCUGUGUGUGUGUUCUACUCUCUAGGUUGAAGGAUGUAGCGUACCUAGUAUAGCAUAGCGUUGAUGCAUGUCUCCGUGUUCGCACGGACAUGCCAGUACGUACGCCUGGCUGCAAAAUUUUGGUCCUGUCCUUGGAUUGUAGCCGCCGUAGCCCCUCUAUAUAUGAACGUGCGCGUGUGUUAGCUCGUGCGUAAUCGA